CAUUGGGUUGAUGGGCACUUCAAGGACACUAGCCUCAAAACCCUCGGUCUCAGAAUACAGCUUGGUCAUCGAGUCGGAGAGCGUUGUUACAACCCAAUUUCGACAGUAUUUUACAACGACUUCGUCAUUCUUGAUGUCAAUGGUGUACAUUCAGUCGCAGUAGACUUCUGUGGAUGUGAGACAGCACAAUCACUAACCACUCAACUCCUCCACAUCCGGUGGUUUCCAGCAACAUCCGUUAAUCCCAGAAAGAUCGGUUGGGAGUGA